AGGCAACUCAUUGUUGUCUUACCGUGCAGGCUGAUACAGAUUGAAUCAACUGUCACGAUUCAAUUCACGAUUGUUUAAAGUCUCUUCUUGUUGUCGGCUAUCCAUGUACAGUAUUUGUAGCGCCCGUACUGUUGUUCGUACUGGUCUCUCGUUUACCUGCACAUACUCUGCUCCCGUGUGUGGCAAGCAUAUGCAGUCCAGUUUGAACCACCUCGUUUCUACCGUUUCAUAGAAACUCAUUCUCGCUGGUUCUAUUCCUCGACUGGUUUGUUAAUUUACCUAGUAUAUUAUAGUGUUCACUCACUCAUUCUGACCAUGUGUCUAAAUUGAAUAUUUGUUUGGCACGAAUCUAAAAUAAUGGAUUCUCAAGUGGACUAUUAUAUUUAAAUCGCGAGCAUGCCAAUUAUAGCAAAUUAAUCCACGGCCCACUUUCACCAACCCGCACCUGAUCGGCGUGGCGAAGGUUGCACGGUCAAAUAACCCGCACGAUGUGGGCUGGAGGCCCUCAUCCUGCAGUGGAUUGACAACCAGGUUCUGCUCGUGUAGUGGUACUGCACGUGUUCUUGAUGAAUCGAUUAAGCAGGGAGGUGUGGUGGCAUCGACGUCUGCUUCACAGUGGACGUUGAAGACGCCGUGACGUCCUUCACAAGAGUAAGCCACUGUGCGUGCUGGCGUCACGGUCCAAGUUUGAAAAAUGACCGUGCAAUUUUCUCAAUUUUAAACAAACUUUUUAAAAUUUUGUUUUUACCAGGUAAGGCCGACUGAGCUAUACGGCUCUUUUCAGAAGCGACCUGGUCACGAAUGACAGCUCGAAUAAGUGGCUUGUGUGGAAAUGUAUAGCAGCCAAAUACUUAACGCACGUUAAAUGUGGAGAGGAAAAACCCGGAGGACCUGGAGAAAAAUCCACCCGACCACGGAGAGAACAUGCAAACGCCAAAUAUACAGCAGGCGUCGGGGUCGGGAUCGAUCCCACAACCUCCUGGAUACAAGGCGAGGUAGUUAACAUCUCGCCAUCGUGGCGAAAUAUACAAAGCAACCAUCGUCCCACUACUGCGAAAACUUGACGGGGCCCUACCGAAAAUGGGUCAUGAGACUCGGUACGGCUUUCCUGGAUGGAUAAACGCAACGAAUAAUCACGGCUUUGGCCACGGCAUCACGAUACAUUAACGUCUCGCGUCAAAAAAUAUGGCCGCGUUAUCCUUCGCGCUUUGCUAUUCCGGCGAGUGGCCACAAGAGGCGGUCUCCUUUCCCGCGCCCAGUCGCGCCUCUUCCCGCUCCUGUGCCCCACCAGAGACCCCAAGCCAUGGGGGUCAAACAAUCGACUCCCCCUCCCACUGCCACUCGCAAACAAACACACGCACGCGUGUGUCACACCCACGCCCGGUUUAAAUACCCGCCGCGCAGCCCAUAAACACACCUCCAUGACUUGUCAUAGCAACGGAGAACAAAAAACGGACAUCCAGAUAUGAAAAAGGAGUGCGUAACCAAACUAGCGCACACGGUACGCUCGAUUAAAGAAAGUGGAUGCUGGUUCGCGCUCGGAGCAGCGCACUCGUAAGUUCUAAUAGGAAUGCGACAAGCCAUGGACGAGUACAUUAAGAUUGAGAAAAUCGGCGAAGGCUCGUACGGAGUGGUGUACAAGGGACGGAACAAGGGCACGGGUGAUCUCGUGGCGCUCAAGAAGAUCCGCCUGGAGCACGAGGAGGAGGGCGUGCCCGCCACGGCGAUCCGGGAGAUCGCGCUUCUGCGCGAACUCAGGCACCCCAACAUCGUGCGGCUACAGGAUGUACUCCUGCAGAGCGCUCGACUCUACUUGAUCUUCGAGUACCUGCCCAUGGAUCUGAAGCGAUACCUGGAUGCGAUACCUGCGGGCCACAGCAUGGAACCUCCACUCAUCCAGAGUUACCUGCACCAGAUCCUGCAGGCCGUGGUGUUCUGCCACUCGCGCAGGGUGCUGCACCGCGACCUCAAACCGCAAAACCUGCUCAUCGAUAGGCACGGCCACAUCAAGCUCGCCGACUUCGGCCUGGCGCGGGCGUUUGGUGUGCCCGUGCGCGUAUACACGCACGAGGUGGUGACGUUGUGGUACCGCGCCCCCGAAGUGCUACUCGGCACACCGCGGUAUAGCACCCCCGUGGACAUGUGGAGUGUGGGCACCAUCCUGGCCGAGAUGGUCAACAAGCGGCCGCUCUUCCACGGAGACUCCGAGAUCGACCAGCUCUUUCGCAUAUUCAGGAUACUCGGCACACCCACCACCGAGGUUUGGCCGGACGUGGUGACCCUGCCCGACUACAAGCCCAGCUUCCCCAAGUGGGCGCCCAGCGGCCUGGCCACCCACGUCCCCGGCCUCAACCAGGACGGCAUCGACCUGCUUGAGAAAAUGCUGACCUAUGACCCUGCAAGAAGAAUAUCAGCAAAACGGGCCCUGACUCAUCCCUACUUCCAGAAUGAGAAGAGCUAAUGAGAUUCUUCACUCUCAGACGCAUUCGUAUGCUGGGCUCGAUCUCGACCCUGACGGGAUCGAACUGAUCAAAAUUGGGUUCGGCGCAACCCUCACGCCUGUAUAUUUGGAGUUUGCAUGUUCUCCCCGUGGUCGAGUGGAUUUUUCUCCGUAUCCUCCGGUUUUUCCCUCCACAUUACGAAUCAACAUCACGUCUUUACAGUACUUGGCUGCUCGAAAUAUCCACGUGAUAAGCCACUUAGUUCGGCUAUAAUGUAUGGCCCAGGUCGCUUCUAAAAAAAGAGCUAUAUAGCUCAGUGUGGGCCUUACCUAGUAAAAUCAAAUAAAAUAGUUUAGUUUUAUGUUGCACACCGAUGCUGUUGUCCUCUUGGGUGCGUUCCCUCUUUUGGCUGCCACUCAGGAGUUAUUCUUGCAAUCGUCCCUUGUACAUAUUAUAGCCAAGAACAGUGGCCUGCCCAAGAAGGUUACUUUUCUUAACGGUCAAAAAAGUAUGCGUUGGUUGCGGAGGUUUGCAGGCCAAGCUCCCCGGCCGCACCGUUUAACACUGCGGAUGUAUCGACCAUAAAUACGCGCCGUCACACAUGACAAUUAUCGUGAAAGACUCAGUGACGUUAUUUAAAAGAGAAUCGUCAGUGCCACGUUUAAAAAAAAAUGCACUAAUUUAUUGUAAUAACCCAUUGCAACCUGUUGACAAACCACUUCACCACUUGCACACCGAUGCUGAGUCACCUUGUGUCGGAUGGGGGCAGCUGGAGGGGGGGGGGGGGUUCCCUGGCAUAAAACAGACAACUACCAGCUGUGAACUGGACGGAUUGAGAUGUGAUACCCUGUGGCAUAGAAGCAAGCGGCCCUCCACACUAAAAUCCCGAAUUCCUCACUGCGUUUGUUCUACGAUCGUGGCGUGCCGCGUCUCUUUGUUGGGGCUGUGACGUUGGCCCGAGUCGUGGCGCGCUCGUCGCAGAGGUUUUCAGGGGUUCGAAUCCAGCGGCCCCCCCGGUUAUCACUGCGGUGCGUAUUAACUGUACACAAUCUCGCCGACCGCUUCACGGUGGGCGUUAAAAGAUCCCGCGACGUCGUUCGUAUGAGUGGGCCAUUGUAUGCCGGCGUCAUGGUGCCAAAUUUACCAAAUUUCAAAGAAAAAAUGUACUUGCGAUUCACUGAAAUGGAAUGUACGUAACAAGAAUCGUCCCCCUACUGCAAACAAACUUAGCAGGACCCUCUUAAACAAGAAUAGUGCUAAGUAAGCGUCAUAUAAACGUGUUAUUUGUGUCUCAUUGUAAUUCCAAGUACUGUAUGCGUUUGUCCAUGCUUCAUUGUAUUCUUGUGAGCUUUUGUUCCACCCUCUUAAUCUGUAUCCGUGUUUCUGAAUGAGGGAGGUCAUCGCAGGUAAGGCGUAUUGAUCACAAACUGUAUUUCGUCGCCCCAAAUCGGCAAAGCGCAGCAUUGGGAUGGAGGCAGCGUGGUGAAACCUUCAUCCAGCAGUGGAUCGACCAUGGCUGACGACGAAGAUAGUGCCGUGUAUAUUACAGCCCCAAUGUGGAUUGCGUUUUGUGUAAGGAACGACGGGAGAGUGGUGGUUGGGGGUGGUUAGCCCAUUAAUCACUGCCGGCUCGGCAGCACGCGUCAGAUGCGGAGGUUGUGUAUUGCAAUGUUAUUAAAGCGCGCGCUCUGCACGCUGCUCACGA